AACCAUCCAAACAAUCUGGACUUUCAAUUUUCACCAAAAUCAAUUCAAAUUAUCAAAUCUUUGUUUUAUUUUGGUUCGCAUAGCACAAGAACUCAGGCAGAGGGGAUGAAACCAAAGAUCCUCAAAGCUGGUCUUCCUCUAGCUCUAUCUGUGGCUGCUUUCAUCAUUGCUAAGAUCAUGGAGAGAAGAAGUUUAGUUCCUAAAGCUUCAUCAUUUGAAAACCAAGUGGAUUCACCCCCAGCUAAUUCAAUGGUGGAGAGUGUUGAUGGCCUCAACUCAGCGUGCGUGCUUUUGGAGGAAGGUGAAGGACAGAUAAUCACAAACAGGUCUUUGGUAGAAAGUUCGGAAAUUCAGGAUCCGCCUGAUCAUGAAGAAGAGAUUUUAGCCCUAAGACGCCAAAUUGAACAUCUUCAAGAGAGAGAAUGGGAGCUCGCCAUGCGGUUUCUCUGCUAUUGUGAGAUUAAAGAGCAAGAGUCUCGGCUUUUGGAGCUAAGGAGCCGGUUGCUGUUAGAGAUAGCGCGUGUUGAGUUCUUGAAUUGGGAGGUUUCGUUAAUGGAGGCUGAGAACAAGAGGCACGAGGAUUUGGUAGUGGAAUAUCUCAGAGUUGUAGAGCAGCUUGAGUUUUGGAAAUUAGAAAAUAGGUUGCUUCAUAGGGAGGUAAAGAAGCUUGCCAAGAAAACCAGGCAGCAGUCUCGUGUUAUAAGAGACUGCAAUUUGAAGAUAGAAGGUAUAGAGAAGGAGAUUUCAAGAAAUCAGGAGGAGCUGGAGAGGAGGACCACUGCUAUCAGUAAAUUGGAUAAUGAAGUUAGGGAGCUGCAGGCUACUUUGAACCAAUUACAGGAGGAGAAGCAUCAACUUUCAGACAAGCUCAAACUGGCAGAAAAAUCAGCUCCAUCCACAUCUAAGAGUGAAGCAGAGGGAAUAGCAAUGGAGGAUUACAAUCAACUUGUGAAUGAGCUAGAACGGCUACACAAGGAUCGAGCAGCCGAAGUUAAGGAAUUGGUGUACUUAAGAUGGAGUAACGCGUGCCUAAGGCAUGAACUCAUGAGGAAUCAGAACCAACCGGAACAGAACCAGGAGAGCAGCCAAUCGGAGUUAGAUUUUGAACCAAAAGGAGAAACCGGGGAGCAUGCCUCAGAGCAUGAAUUGGAGAGCACGGUUUUGGAGCCGCCCAGUGAACCUUGCCUAGGCGUGAGUAGUGGCAGUCAUAUUUCUUCAAAAAGGCCAAAAAUACUUCAAAAGCUUCGAAGAUGGGUGGAUGGGAGUGAGAAAAUAAAACCAACAUCAGAGGAAGGAGAAGAGCACGAAAUCAAGUGCUUUGGGAAGCAUUGUGUUUUACACAAGGCAGAGGAGCACCAUGUUCAUAAAAAUAAUGCUCUGUCCGUUAUCAUGAAUUCAUAAAUUCCUGACCAUUCAUACUCAAUGUAAAAGUAAAACCCAUUCCCACAACCACAGGGCAUGUGUUAAUAAAAGCACUGAAAGUGUUUUCACUAA